AUGCGAUUUCCCCUCCUCGCCGUCCUCGCCGCGGCCUCGGUCCUGGCCCAUCCCGCGGACCUCCAUGAGCUCGACGCCCGGAGCUGGCCGGACGUGACGGCCUUCCUCGCCAAGGUCGCCGCCCUCUUCCCCGUCAACGUGGCCAUCCAGGAGAUUUGCGGCGCCAUCACGGCCGCCGAGGUCGGCAUAGCCACAUUCUUUCGCAUCCCGCUCGACCGGUACGACGGCUGCGGCGACGUCACCAUGCUCUUCGCCCGGGGCACAUGCGACGCCGGCAACGUCGGCGUCCUCACGGGGCCCUGGUUCUUCAAGACGCUCGCCGACAAGCUGUGGUGGUCUCGACGGUCGCUCGCCGUUCAAGGCUUCGAGUACCCGGCCACCGUCGACGGCUACUUCAAGGGGUCCAAGGACAACGGAUGGGUCUUUGCCAACGUCAUCAAAAACAAGCUCGCGCGCUGUCCCGGCACGAAGCUCGUCCUCAGCGGUUACUCCCAGGGCGGCAUGGUGAUCCACCAGGCGGCGGCGGUCCUCGACAGGGCGACCAUGAGCAAGGUCAGCGCCGUCGUCAUCUUCGGUGACCCUUACUCGAAGCGGCCGAUCAGCAACAUCGACGCAUCCAAGGUGAAGAUUUUUUGCCACGAAGGUGAUAACAUCUGCGACAACGGCCCGCUCGUCUUGUGGGAGCACUUGAACUAUGCCGAGGACGCCGAGGAUGCAGCGGAUUUUAUAAUUUCCAGAAUCUAA